AUGGAUACAAUCAAGGCAAGCAAGCUUCUUAAAGAAUUAAAAGGAUCUAAAUUUCUUCCAUAUUACAAUGAGGAAUUAAUUAAGGACCUUAAGAAGGAUAUUAAGGGCCAUUGCGAUAGCUUUAUUAAAAUAAUUAGCGAACCUGAAGAUGAAAUUGAUUCUAAACAGGAUAAAUAUUAAAAAUACAUGACAAAUAUCAAGACACUAUAACUGAUUAUAUAUAGAUACAAAAGAAUUAUUUUAGCUUAUUUGAGUAAAAGAAUGGAUAUAAUUGAGUAAUAUUUCUGGGAAUUUGGAUAAAAUUUACCUAAAGAAUAUAAAGAGUUCCUUCAUCCAGAUGAAAAAUAAUAUACAGAAAAUUAUAGAAGUCUGAUUGUUAAUUACUCUAAAAAUAUGACCUAAAAUUAUCCAGAUGUUAAUUUUGAUUUAACUAAAGAUUUAGAGCCUCCUCAUGAUACUUUUAUAGAAGUAAGAGUUUUACAGGAUUGUGGAGAAAUUUUAACAAGUUAUGGUGAGACAAUUAAGCUUUCAAAGGAUACUCAGCACUAUGUCAAACGUUAAGAAGUAGAACAUUUAAUAUUAUAAGGAUAUUUAAAACCAAUUGAAUCUUGA